UUGUGGUAAAAGCCUUGCACCCGUUUGCCACAGCAGAUGGUGGAGCCGCAGCCCGAUGACAUCACACACACUCACGCAGCUCAGACAGAUGUCUACUCCUCCCAUUCCGAAGCCUCGCCGCUGUUACUCGACGGGAAAUCGAAGCUCCACCUCCUCACUGGGAAGUGCUGAUGGAACUCUACAGCCAGCAGUUCAACAGAGUCCAGAUGAAGAUGCUCGCAGUGCACUGAGUCGUAGCCUCACCUUGCCAACUCUGGACGGCGUCACUGGCGUGAUCGCCACCAACAUCCCGUCACUGGCAGGAGUCGCUGCUUCCAUCGGAGGCUCCGCCCCCUGGAACCCCUCCACACCCUCUGCUCCCCCCUCCUUAGACAGCAUAGCUAAUAGCAUUACCACCCACAUACCUGACUUAGCAGAAGCUGCUAGCACUGAGGCUAACCUUGCAUCAUUCAAUCCAAUGCCACCUGGUGCUAACGCAGAUACUGCUGUGUUAAACCCCGCCCCCUCCACUACACCUGCACCUGCUCCUAGCUUGGACAGCAUUUUUAACUCACUGGCUAACAUUCCCAGCUUUGCGGGGUUUGUUAGCGGUGUGGGUAACCCUGCUGAGAGCUUCUCUCCAUCAGCCCCACCCCUCCCAAAUGCUAAACCCCACCCACCCUCGCUGACGGGAAGUGGAGCUGGAGAUGCUCGCAUAGGUGCAAUGUCAGAUGUUGGAGCGCUGUCACAGCUGGUGACAUCAGCUUUAGACCCCACCGCUGGAGUCACGCUGCCACCUGUAGAGGGUGCUGCAGGGUUAACAGGUGAAGUUUUAUCUCCAGGUCCUCAUAGCACCAGAGCAGAAAACCCGUCGGACACCGCGUUGGCCUGCUGGACGACCCAAGAGGAAGCUGAAUCUGAGUCAUCCAAUGAGGAGGAAGAAUCAGGUGUUUGCCCCUCUCCUUCUACAGCUGAAGCAGAUCCUCGUUCUGCCCCGACGACCAACAAUGACAAAAUCUCGACUAAUACUUCCUUUCGUUUGAUACCUACUCGGCCGGCCCCGCCCCCUCCCAACACAGCGGGCCGAUCAGGAAAAUCUGUCAGACAAAAGACACCGAGGGCGGCCACCAUCCGAGUCUCAAGGAAGAAGGGCGCUGGCGGGAAACCUGCUCCUCAGAGCCCCGUCGUCCGGGCAAGCUGGCUGGAUGUCUGGAAGGGCUUCAGACAUAAUGUAUUAUGGGCGACGCUGGACGGACAGCUGAUGUCUCUGUGGAAGAAACGCACAGACCGGUUCAGUGAGGUGUUGUUUCAUGUCUCCAGCAUCACCAACGUGAAGAAACUGGACAAAGGCAGAUUCUCUGUUUACUUCAGGAAGAAGCAUUAUGACUUCAUGGCUCAUAGUGAAGAGGUUCAGGACGGUUGGGUCACUUCUCUUCUCGCGACUCGAGGCAAUCCAAGCCCCACCCCCCCAGAACUCCAUGGACAAAUCACCGUUAAGGACCCGCGGAGUCGUGCUUAUGCUGCCCUCUGGGGUCAUGACCUUUGGAUUUACCCUAACAAGGAGGGCUUCCAGCUGGGUGUGGCCUCAUAUUCUGUCCCCCUGAAUGUGGCCUCGGUCAAAUCGACAGGAAAACACUCGUUUAGCCUCAUCACUCCAUACAGGACCUUCAACCUGUCUGUUGAGUCGUCAAAGGAUCUGUCCCUCUGGGUGGACAGGCUGUCUUCAAGUAUCCAGAGCGCUCUGUCCUGCUGUCAGGUGGCGCUGCGUCUCUGGGAAAACCCGUACAACAAGGUGUGCGGGGACUGUGGUGCGGCCAAUCCGGAGUGGGCCUCAGUCAAUCUGCUGCUGGUCAUAUGUCAGCACUGUGCAGGUCACCAUCGAGGCCUGGGCAGCAACCUGUCGAAGGUGCGCAGUCUAAGGAUGGACAAUAAAAUCUGGACCGAACCACUGAUACAGCUGUUCGUUACCUAUGGUAACCAGCUGGCAAAUCAGGUGUGGGCUCCAGUGGUGCCAGCGGCAGAGCAGCUCCGCCCAGAGUGCACAGAUGAGGAGAGGUCAAAGUUCAUAAAGGCUAAAUACAGCGGGGGGCGCUACAGACGAGUACACGCUCUGGCCUCAUUUCCCUCCAUGAUGGAGCAGAGGCUGUAUCAGGUGGUCUGCACUGACGACGUGGAGGAAACGAUGUCUCUGAUCUGCUCCGGAGCAAAGGUGUCUUCAUCAGACCCACAGACCCCCUCCCUCAUCCUGCUGGCAGAGCGAGCCAAUCAGGCUCUGCAGACCGAGCUGCUGCGAGUCAACGAGUACACAGAGGUCCCGCCUCACCAGCCGCUGUCAGGUAGAAGGAGGUUGGACUCCGUUCCCUCAGGUGAGGAGGAGGAGGAGCUUCACGGGAAACUGGAGGAUGAUCGUUUUCUCUUCUCGCUAGAAAACGAAUCAGCAGCCUGCGACGUGCUCGACCUGCGAGAAGUCCUGUCUGUCUUCCUCAAAGAUGGCCCAGCUCAUCAGUUUGAGAUCGUCACACUCACAGAUCAACUGAUCUGUGCAGCUGACAACAGGGAGGGGCUGUCGAACCACCUGGUCCAUAUUCUGAAGGUGAUUCUUCCAGGGGGCGUGUCUUAUGCUGAGGUGGGCGGAGCCUCCGCAGUCAGUAAAGUGUGUAUUGUAGAAGUGGGCAGGGCUUCCAAUCAUCCAGAGGCCUGGCUGCUGCUUUGGGAGGAUGGAGUCAGCAUUCACCCUGUCCACAGAGAAUCCCAUGAGUCUCUCACAAUUGAUCUGGGCAUGCUCAGUCACCACGAAAUGGAUCCAUCUGAAAACAUCGUCACCAUGGCAACUGCAGACAGGAGGGUGUCGUUGCGUUUCGAAGAGCAAUACAGCUGUCAGUCCUGGUUCACCCACCUGCAAAGAGCUCUUGCCAAUCAGAGCCGAGCCAUGCCACGUCCUCCUGCAGCCAAUCAGAGCCCAGCCGUGCCACGUCCUCCUGCAGCCAAUCAGAGCCCAGCCGUGCCACGUCCUCCUGCAGCCAAUCAGAGCCCAGCCGUGCCACGUCCUCCUGCAGCCAAUCAGAGCCCAGCCGUGCCACGUCCUCCUGCAGCCAAUCAGAGCCCAGCCAUGCCCCAUCCUCCUGCGGUCAAUCAGAUCCCAGCCCUACCCCAUCCUUCUGCAGCCAAUCAGAGCUCAGUUUCUCGGUCUCUAUACCCAGUGAUGGAUGUGCGGCUGAGAGGUUCGGUACCGCCGGCCAUCGAGCGCUGCAUCUCCCACAUCACCACCUAUGGUCUGAAGGUGGAGGGCGUGUACCGGCGCUGCGGUCUCGCUUCAAAAGUCAGCCAGUUGGUGGAAGCCUUGAUUAUAUCACCAAACUCCGCCCCCCUGGAGAGUCAUGAGCAGGGCGUGCUGGAUGCUGGCUCCGCCCUCAAACAAUAUGUCCGCCGGCAAGAGAGUCUGAUUCCCAACGGAGCCCAAGGGCAGUGGCUGCAGGCCGCAGGUGUGUCAGACGAAAAACGCAGGUUUAAGGAGUACAGACGGUUACUACGGCAACUUCCUGAUGACAACCGAGCGACCCUGAAUGCUCUGUUUGGACACUUCUACAUGGUUCAGGUGUUCUCUCAGGUGAACAAGAUGUCGGCCCAUAACCUGGCUGUGGUCCUGGUCCCGUCCCUGUUCCAGGCCAUGAACCAGGACUUGAUCACCCUCACUAAAGAGUUCAUCAUCCACCACACCCUGCUCUUCCUCACCCCAGACUCGGCUCAGAGGCAGGAGCAGACCACUGUCUUCUGAUGAAGAUCAGCUGGAGCUUGUUUCUUUUAGCUUACUGUGAAUCUUUUGGGAUGUUGAGGAAACUGUUGUUAUUGAAAUCACUGGCCAAUCACUGUCUACUUCCUGUUUCCUGUCAGUUGAACUACAGCUAUCAGAGAGAAUGAUUACUAUUGGCUCCCCCUGCUGGCUGCUCUCAGCCUUUACGGUGGUUGUUAAAUGAAUGUUAAUGUGAGGCUCUGCAGCUGAGCAGGGUGUACCACUGUGUAUGCUGAGCACUCACUUUAUGAUAGUAUUUUUCUGUGGUUUCAAAUGUUAUCUUUAAAUCUGCAAAUAAUUCAUGAACUGAACAAAAAUCUGAACAUUUAAUAAAAUCUGCCUUUAAUUCUU